CUCCUCAUCAAGAAGCACAGCGACAAGGCGCGUCUCCCAACCCGGGGAAGCGCACUAGCAGCAGGGUAUGACCUCUACAGUGCUGAAAAGAAAACGAUCCCGGCGCAUGGAAAGGCGCUCAUCGACACCCAGAUCUCCAUCGCCGUCCCAGUCGGGACUUACGGGCGCGUCGCACCUAGGAGUGGGCUUGCUUCGAAGUUCAUGAUUGAUACGGGAGCUGGGGUUAUCGAUGCCGACUAUCGCGGAAUUGUCUUCGUCCUUCUUUUCAACCUGAGUGACAAGGACUUUGAGGUCCAGGAAGGCGAUCGCGUUGCGCAGCUUAUCAUCGAAAAGAUCGAGACACCGGCAGUUAUGGAGGUGGCGGACCUCGAGGAGACCCUUCGCGGCACCGGUGGUUUUGGCUCUACUGGC